AUGUCUUAUGGCACGAUACAAGACGCCCCGCCGGCAGCUGGGCGUGCCAAGGUGCGCUUUGUACCGGAUUUGCCAGCAGCAGCUCCAUCAAGCUCUCCCGAUGAAGACAGCAAUUUCGAGAUCCAAGAACGAACACUGCUGGAGAGAGUGAAAUUCAGAUUGAACCACUUUUACGAACGUAAUUUUGGUCUUUUUCUCGUCUUUUUGUCGCAAACGUGUGGAUCUGUUAUGAAUACAGCAGCAAAGCUGCUCACCAAUGACCCUAGCAUAAAGUUUCACGCACUGCAAAUCAUUUUCAUCCGCAUGUUAUGUACUGGUAUUCUCUGCUCGAUAUACUCUUGGUACAAAGGCGUACCUGAAUUUCCCUUUGGGCCGAGGGGUGUGAGAGGUUUGUUGAUAUUACGAGGUGCAUCAGGUUUUGUGGGGUUGUUUGGAAUAUAUUACUCGCUCGCUUGGCUCGGGUUCUCUGACGCGACCGUAAUCACUUUCAUUGUGCCCACCACAACUGCGAUAGUCUGCUUUUUUAUUCUCCGCGAGCCUUUCACAUGGAAAGAAGCACUCUGCAGCGUUGUCGCCUUCUCGGGGGUCCUAUUUGUUGCACGUCCACCGUGGCUAUUCCCGGAAACACACCACAUGUCACCCGGACCAGAUGAACCGAAUGUUACAGUACCCUCCAUCACCCCCCAACAGCGCGCUCUAGCAGUUACUGUUGCCAUUGUGGGAACUUUAGGGGCCAGCACUGCCUAUUCUACCAUACGAAUCAUAGGAAAACGCGCCCACUCCCUUAUAUCAGUCAACUACUUUUCUUUGAUUGCUACUCUAGCAUCCUUUCUUGUUAUUCUUUUUCACCCAGAUUUACAUUUCACAUUACCCACUACCUGGCUACAGUGGGGUCUCAUCGCUAUCAUUGGUCUGUUCGGCUUCUUGCUCCAGUUUCUGCUUACGGAGGGCUUGCAGAGGGAAAAGGCCGGUAGAGCCAUGAAUCUGAUGUACCUACAACUUGUUUUUGCACUCGUAGUUGAAAGACUCAUCUGGGGUACCACACCACCUGUGGAAAGUCUUGUUGGCGCAGCGCUUAUUAUCGCGUCAGCUGUUGCGCUCAGCUUGCAGAAAGGGGCGGGAAAGGGAGAUGGGAAGAAGAAACAGCCUGAUCCCGAGGCGAGGGGUUUACUGGAAGAGGGCGAGUGAAGUAAAGCGCGUUGUGCGCAUUACUAAUUUUGACCUGGCUUAUUUUAAAAUUGUUAACAGGCGAGGUUGAGGUAAGCCAUGUUGUAGCUACAUUUGCUACUCACACGUCCAUUGCGAGUAAUCUAGCCGACUUGAGCUGGUUGUAUGUGUGAUUCUACCCAGUCUUUGGAAAUAGCAAUCAUAGAUAUGAAUUCAGUAGGAC